UCCCCCCCCCACACACACACCCACACGGAAACUUCCUUCGUCCUCUCACUCUUUGAUGCUCUGUGAUACGUUGUGAGGGAUGAUCCGCUCGAUAACGAGCCGGGCUUGAGGAUUUGCGCAGAUUAUCUUGCGCCAGACUGCUAUUUUGUCCACCCGGGUGACACGCGCUUCUUAGCUGAACUUAACUGCGGCUUUCGAUCCCUUUUGCCCGCCUGCCGGGGGAAGCCACGCCACCCGCGGAGGGUGGUGGUGGAGGAGGAGGUGGUGGUGGUGCUGGAGGAACCGCGGGGUUGCGUCCAUGCGCAAUGAGCGACACAGAGGCGCUGGGACUCGGAUCUGAGGACGCGACGGGCUCCAUCGUCCGGGGCAAUGAGACUCGCUCAGUAAGUUGCUCGCUCCCCCGUGUUUCCGCGCAGGGCUGCCCUGGAAUGCCAUCGCUGUGACCGGAGGAGGAGGAGGAGGAGGAGGAGGAGGAGUGGUGGUGGGGGGGGGGGAGAGGUUGGUUGCCCUGUCGGCACAGCCAGAGAAAACACACACAAACAGCAGCAGCAGCAGCAGCAGCAGAGACAAACCUUGCGGGAUCCGUUUGGACUCUCUCUCUCUCUCUCUCUCUCUCUCUCUCUCUCUCUCUCUCUCUCUCUCUCUCUAUUUACCGGGUGAGGCCACCGGAGGAUGUUCGAGCCAGGAUGCUGCGCUUCCCCGUGAAGAAGAUCCGGAAGCAGUUCAAGCUCCUGCUGCUGCUCGUGCUGCUCACCUCCGCCGUGUGGUUCACCUACCUGCACAUCAACCAGGGCAAGACCAUCAGACUCCACUUCAACUACGGCAAAGAUGGAGAGAGACAGACGGAGGGGACGGACGCCAGCCGCAAGAGGGACACUCGCUCCUCAGCCGGCCACCACAAGAGUGAGGACACCAGCGACAGCAGGGAGGACGAGGCGGCAGAUGAUGAGCCAAUCACAGGAGGGGCUGGUGGCAGAGGCCACACCCACAUCCGGAGGUUCCUCAGCCAGCGCCACAAUAAAUUGCCAUGGAAACCAGAGUUUAAGGGCCAGGCUAACCUGCACGUGUUCGAGGACUGGUGCGGCUCCUCCAUAGCCCAACUCAGAAGGAACCUGCACUUCCCUCUGUACCCUCACACCAGAACCACUGUGAAGAAGUUGGCAGUGGCUCCGAAGUGGAAGAACUAUGGCCUGAGAAUAUUUGGCUUCCUUCACCCUUACAGAGACGGCGAUUUCCAGUUCUCUGUGUCGUCUGACGAUAACUCUGAGUUCUGGUUGAGUCCCGACGAGAGCCCGCUCAACGCCAGACUGCUGGUCUACGUGGGACAGCUGGGAACAGAGUGGACCGCUCCAGGCGAGUUCAGCAAGUUCAGGUCCCAGGCCUCCAAGUCUGUGCACCUGAUCUCAUCCAGACGAUACUACUUUGAGAUCCUCCACAAGCAGGACGACAAGGGCUCGGAUCACGUGGAGGUUGGGUGGCGUCCGUUCCUGCCUGGUCUGAAAUAUGAAGUGAUAGACUCGGCCUACAUUUCCCUGUACACAGACGAGUCCAGCCUGAAAAUGAACGGCGUGGACCACAUCCCCCAGACUCUGGCCAGUCACAUCCGUCUCCCGGAGGCGUCUCAGCCCCAGGGUCUGGAGGCAGGCAGCAGCACGCAGCACGGGGCAGAUAUGCUGAAGCCGGACCCUAGGGACACCUUCUACAGCACACCUAUGAUCGACCCCGCCCGCCUGGAAAACGUCCUGCCGGCCUGUCUCUACUCCCCAACCUACGUAGUCAAAGAUUUUCCCAUCGCCAGAUACCAGGGCCUGCAGUUCGUUUAUUUGUCCUUCGUCUACCCCAACGACUUCACGCGUCUCACCCACAUGGAGCGAGAGAACAAGUGUUUCUACAGAGAGUCGCCUAUCUACUUAGAGAAGUUCGGUUUCUACAAAUAUAUGAAGAUGGAUGAGGAAGAAGAUGACAGACCAUUCUUCUUCCCCAACCCAGACGAUUUCCUAGAGGAAGAGGAGGUGGUGGACGCCGAGGACGAGGCAGAGAUCGUGGGCACACAGGCCCCCAAGAAGCCCUCUCAUCCCAGCCAGACCAGCCACACCUCCAACCCCUCCCAUCAGCACCCAAAGCCCGGGCCCACACCAGCCAGCAGAGAGGUGGAGGAAGAGGAAGGGGACCCCGAUGAAGAGAAGGGGGAAGCGGUCAACAGCAUCAUACAGCACAGAGAAAGGAGACACUUUCUUCACAGAGAUGGACAGAUGGGUAGGGAGCUGGACAGAGACUGGGGACGGGAUCAUACAAGAGAAGACACGAGACAAGGCUCCAAAAAGCGACUUGACAAGCUCCAGCCCAGGAUGCUUGAGUCUGACACUGACAGUGUGGUCCAGGGUCGCGCCCUGUCCUGGAUCCACACUGGUCCCAUAGAGAAGGGCCCUGGCAGGAAAGGAGGCGGAACAGGGGGCGGGGGCGGGGGAGGAGGAGGAGCUGAGACUCUGCCCAAACUGAGCAAGUCUUCGCUCCUCUUCCCCCAAAAGUCCUCCCUCUCUGCCCUCGCCAGCCGUGCCAAGCAGAUCAUCAGCAACACCGCGCACAGCAACAGCCCUCGUGACAACAGCAACAAGCUGGCUGGAAGCAAGAAGGAGGAGAACAAGAUCUACAUAACGAGGCCUCGCGCCGCCAAGGAGAGGGAGAGGGAGCAGCGUCGAGAGAGGAGGGAGGAGAGAUCUUAUCGCCACCCUCGAGAGGUGUUCCCAGGAGUCUUUUUGUACCAAACUGGGAAGACCACGAGGCUGGUCAACCUAGGUGCCAAGGGACGUAUUGCGGGAGGGGUAACAGGAGGUAGGAACCCUGUGAGUGCCCCUAAGCUCUGGCCCAACCCCCCAACAAAGGAGGAUAAGACAUUUCCUCACAAUGGAAGCAUCAACAGUGUACAGAAGUCUGCCAGGAGGGCAGCGGUGGCGAAUCGACCAGAGAAAAGCAAGAGGAAAGGGGAGCAUCAAGAUCUAAAGACUACCGUCACUGCGGAUCUAGCCAUCAAAGGAGUUCCACUGCACCCGCUGUCACAUCACCAAGAUCCCCUGUCAGUUACUGUGCCGAGGUUGAAGUCCACAGAAGACACACUCGGAGGUCAAUCAAGGGUAACCUCUUACCUCAGGAUCUCCGAGAUCACAGAGUCCCAGCAGCAGCCGGACCCGGACCCGAACCCGGCGGAACUCGACCAGGAUACAAACCGCUCUAAUCCCGACCCCGACCCCGACCCCGAGCCGGAGCCGGAGCCGGAGGAAGGCGAGAUAUCGGACUACAGCUACGAGGAGGUCGAGGCUCGGCCGGGCUGGGCGGAGGAGAGCAUCAACUGGCAGAGAACCUUCUCGGUCAACCCGAUGGACUUUGAGCUUUUGCGCUCCGACUGGAAUGACCUGCGCUGCAACGUGUCUGGCAACCUCCAGCUGGCCGAGAGUGAGGUGGUGGACGUGCUGGCCCAGUACAUGGAGAAGCUCAACGAGCGCAAUGGAGGGAUCUACACCCUGCUGCGAAUUAUCAACGUUGAGAAGCGGCGCGACUCGGCGAGAGGGAACCGCUACCUGGUGGAGCUGGAGCUGAUGGAGCGAGGCCGCAGCGUGGUGCGCCUGUCGGAAUACAUCUACCUGCUGCUCCACCGCGGCAGGCAAGGGGAGGAGAGCCUCGAGAACACUGACUCUGCCCCGGCCUCCGCGCCGGCUUCGCCCUCCUCCCCUGCUACAUCCAGCCUCACAACCCCGCCGCCGCCUCCCACCACCAAGCCCCCGGCCCGGCCCGGGGCCACGCCGUGGAGCACUGCCUACGCGAAGCCUUUGCUCUGCCAGCCGGUCAUGCUGCAGUGGAGGAGGGAUGUCAUGGUGCACUUUGUGGUGCCAGUGAAAAACCAGGCCCGGUGGGUGCAGCAGUUCAUCUCCGACAUGGAGAAUCUUCACCGCCAGACCAAGGAUGACAACUUCAGCAUCAUCAUAGUCGACUUUGAGAGUGAAGACAUGGACGUGGAGCAGGCACUCAGAGAGAGCAGUGUCCCGAGAUACGAGUAUCUGAGGAGAGAGGGGAACUUUGAGCGCUCAGCGGGACUGCAGAUCGGAGUGGACACUAUUGAGGACAGUCACAGCAUCGUGUUCCUGUGUGAUCUGCACAUCCACUUCCCUCUGAACAUCUUGGAAAGCAUCAGGAAGCACUGUGUGGAAGGACGCCUCGCGUUCGCCCCCAUCGUCAUGAGACUCGGCUGCGGCAGUUCGCCACAGGAGCCCGAUGGUUACUGGGAGGUUAAUGGCUUCGGCCUGUUUGGAAUCUACAAGUCCGAUUUUGAGAAGAUUGGAGGGAUGAACACAGAGGAAUUCAAAGACCGCUGGGGCGGAGAGGACUGGGAGCUGCUGGACAGGGUGCUGCAGAACGGUUUGGAGGUAGAGCGACUACGCUUGAGGAACUUCUUUCACUACUACCACUCCAAACGUGGCAUGUGGAAUGCCCAAAACAAGAAAACUCCUAAGGGAUAGUGCUCCCUGCUGGUCGGAGCAUCCUAAAAGAACCUACGUGCAGAUCCACUGUGUGUGAGAGAGAGAGACCUGCGGCGGCUCGCUCACUGCCCCGAACUCUGCCUUUUUCUCCAGUGAUGUCUCUCUGCUUCACCGUCGGGCCCCUCCGGUACGCUUUUCUUCACGAGGGAAACAAAGAGUCCAAAUCUGAACUCUGGAAGCGAGCUGUUCAUGCAGACACCUGAGUCAUCACUUUGCUGACUGAACUACUGUACAGAGAGAAGGGAGCUAUUUUUGUUCUCCCUCCCUCUGCCCUUUUUUCUGGUGCAAUGUUUUCAGACAGACUGGAAAGCAGCUGUUUUUGUGCGUGUGUGCGAGUGUGAGUAUGUGCUGUUUGUAUAUAUACUGUAUGCGUGCGUGUGUUGCCUCUUUUGUGUGCUUGUGAUGACAGGAAGCACCUUUUUUCUAAAGAGGAGAUGUGAAGACAACCUAAGAUCUUUUUUUUCUAACGUGCUCUCACGUGGGCACCUAAUGGAAUGUGUGUCAACUUGUUAUUCCGAUAGAUUCAGACAUGGCGGCGUAGCUCCAGUAGAGGAAAAGUGGCUAUGACCGUAUUUCUAAAUACGUCAACUACUACCUGUUGAACAUCAUUAACCAGUAUGACCGAGAUGCUGAUGUUUUCCUGAUAAUCUGAGUUUAUGAAACAAAAGGUUUUCUAAUCAGCAAAAGCCCUUUUUCCAAACAAAUACUUACAGAAGCAUCAUCUUUAUGUCUCUGUCUGUCCCUCGCUCUCCUUCUGUAUCUCUUUUGUUUUGAAUUCAUUUAAGGUUCCAUGCUAAUCUGUCAUUUUGUCUGCUGAAACAGUGUAUAUAUAUUUAUAUAUCACUGCUGCUGUUUUGUUUUACGUACUACAACCAGAUUAACGUUAGCUAUCGGUUAUUGACUUGAUUCGUUUUGUUCUUGAAGUUUGUUCCGUUAUUGAAAAGGGUUUUUUCAUUUGUCUGGAUGCGGUAAUGUUUGCGGUGCUGUCUUCUGUUCUAAAACACUGCAUCCGUCGAUGGAUUUCUUCACUUUAAGACUCUACUGAUGGUAUCCUCCACGCCCUCUGUAUCUCUGACCUCAUUGUUAACUGGAACAAAAAAGCUGGAACAGGAGGGGAGCUGAGAGGACGCUUGUAAUGUUUGAGUAUAAGUUGUCACGUCGUGGUUUUGAGCAUUUUUCGGGCUUUCUGAAUAUCGCAUUUCAAAUAUUGGAUAUGACGGGGGAUUACAUUUUUCUCCCAUAUUAGGAUAUUGCAGAGAAAGGGAAUGCCUAGCUGUUGAAAACACCAACACUCUUCUUUUAUGCUUGUAUAAAGCUCCAGCAUAAGGGAGACGAGUCGAUGUGUCAGACGCUACGUGACAAGGCAUGGCUGUUUCACAAAUGUGUGCCUUUAUCAGGGUUUGGCUGCAGGCAGGUUUUUUUCUGUUUUUGUUUUUUUGUAAAUGACUCCAAUGAUAUAAUAGGGCAGGGACAGAUGGAAAUAUAAUGUUAUUUAUCAACAGGCUGUAAUGUCACUGUAAAUUUAGAUACACUGUAGAAGAAGGAAAUAUGGUUCUCUUAAUGGAUUACAGAUGUCAGUCUUUUUAAUUUAAUAUUACCUUAGAAAGCAGGGAGGAGUGGUCUCUUUAAUCCAGGUGCCCCCAUUGGUAUUGAUGACUACUGAGAAGGGAACAGGAGGUGUGAUGGAGACUCCGUGGCAGCUGCUGUCCGACAGGACGUCUCCCUGCCUCCCAUUAGUUUGGCUGGAGGCCGAGCUCCUAAGCCUCUGAUUAUACAACAUGGUACUCACAUUGACGGGGAAUGGCCGGAGGGCUCAAGGCCGGACAAAUAUAUGGAUGAGAGCCAAUGAUCUCUUAUUGACUGUAUGAUUGUCACAAAUGCCCUCUGAGACCCUUUUCAUUGCCUCUACAGGAAGAAGAGAAACACGGUCUGUACUGUACGUCAUUUAACAUUGACACGGGAUUAUUUAAAGAAAAAAAGAAACUCAUUAAAUAUAAGACUAUAUAUAUAUAUAUAUAUACAAGAAAAAUGAAAAAUAGGAAUAUACAUUCCAAGGUAAUUUCUGUGAAAUUGUUUUGUAGAGGAAAAAGGUUUUCAGAAUGUAUUGUACUUUAUUUUGAUUUGUUUGGGUUUUUUUGCAAAUAAAAUUUUAUGCUUACUUCCA